UGCUCCGGGCAGCCCAGGGGCGCAGGCCGGGGCGCGGCCCCGAGAGCGCAGCGCCUUCCAGGGCGGAGGGCGGCGCGAGGGAGGGAGCGAGGGAAGGGAAAGGCGAGCGUGAGCUGCCUCAAAUGCUUGGAAUAAUUCCGCUUCCGUUUGGAAAGCCGCAGCCUCAGUCCCGCCGCCGCCCGCCGCGUCCGCCCAGCGCCUGCUCCGCGUCCCGACCGGCCCGCGGCUGCCCGCGCCGCUGCCAUGGCCACCUCCCCGCAGAAGUCGCCCUCAGCCCCCAAGUCCCCCACUCCCAAGUCGCCCCCUUCCCGCAAGAAAGAUGACUCCUUCUUGGGGAAACUCGGAGGAACUCUGGCCCGGAGGAAGAAAGCCAAGGAGGUCUCUGAGCUUCAGGAGGAGGGAAUGAAUGCCAUCAACCUGCCCCUCAGCCCGAUCCCCUUUGAGCUGGACCCCGAGGACACGAUGCUGGAGGAGAAUGAAGUACGAACGAUGGUGGAUCCAAACUCACGCAGUGACCCCAAACUUCAAGAACUGAUGAAGGUAUUAAUUGACUGGAUUAAUGAUGUGUUGGUUGGAGAAAGAAUCAUCGUGAAAGACUUGGCUGAAGAUUUAUAUGAUGGACAAGUCCUGCAGAAGCUUUUCGAGAAACUGGAGUGUGAGAAGCUGAAUGUUGCUGAGGUCACCCAGUCAGAGAUUGCUCAGAAGCAGAAACUGCAGACCGUCCUGGAGAAGAUCAACGAAACCCUGAAACUUCCUCCCAGGAGUAUCAAGUGGAACGUGGACUCUGUUCAUGCCAAGAGCCUGGUGGCCAUCUUGCAUCUGCUUGUUGCUCUCUCUCAGUAUUUCCGGGCACCAAUCCGACUCCCAGACCAUGUUUCCAUCCAAGUGGUUGUGGUCCAGAAACGAGAAGGAAUCCUCCAGUCUCGGCAAAUCCAAGAGGAAAUAACUGGUAACACAGAGGCUCUUUCCGGGAGGCAUGAGCGUGAUGCCUUUGACACCUUGUUCGACCACGCCCCAGACAAACUCAACGUAGUGAAAAAGACGCUCAUCACUUUCGUGAACAAGCACCUGAAUAAGCUGAACCUGGAGGUCACAGAACUGGAAACCCAGUUUGCAGACGGCGUGUACCUGGUACUGCUCAUGGGCCUCCUGGAGGGCUACUUCGUGCCCCUGCACAGCUUCUUCCUGACUCCAGACAGCUUUGAACAAAAGGUCUUGAAUGUCUCCUUUGCCUUUGAGCUCAUGCAAGAUGGAGGGUUGGAAAAGCCAAAGCCACGGCCAGAAGACAUCGUCAACUGUGACCUGAAAUCCACACUGCGAGUGCUGUACAACCUCUUCACCAAGUACCGGAACGUGGAGUGAGGGGCUGCCAGAAGUUCUCACUAUCGACAGACUGUACCACCCUCCAAACUGCCUUAACCUGCUUGCUCCUGUCUCUUGCUCUGUGCCCUCCCACAAGUCCAGCUACAACCCAGAGAGAGUGGGAAUCGAAAUUAGGAAGGAGGGAAACGAUCACCAACUCAGCGAGCUGACCCACACACCUCCCAGAUCCUGAGGACUGACCCAGCAAUGAAACUUGGGAAGGUUGUCCCCAUCCCGGCGCCAGGUCCAGAUUUCCCUCUGUGUUUUGGGAACCGGCUUAGGCAAAAGAGAGUCCCCAGAAGAUGAAAAUAAAGAUCAGAGUUGCCACAUAAUGGCUGUAAACUACGUGCCAGGCACCACAGCAAGUUCUCUGAUGUACUCAAGCUCAUUAAGCCUCAAGACGCCCUUGGAAGUAGGUGUUAUAAUCCCCUUUUACAGAUGAGGAAAUUAAGGCCCAGAGGUUAACUGACUUGCCAGAAGCUGGCAUUUUUUUCCCUCUUUGAACAACAUAUUUACUAAUAACUAGCUAAUUACAUCACAUUCUUCGCACGUUCGAAAGUUCUGUGUGUACGUGCACGCCAGUGCCUGUGCAGGUACACACCUGGGUCUGAACAGACAGGAACCCACUGAUCUCACCACUAGGGCAGGCUAGGUCAGGACUCAGUGAUUCACGCUGAAAUUGGCAAAUUGAAUUUGACCCAGUUAAUAAUGUGUGUGUGUGGCAGAGUCAUGUCCCUCAAAUCCUUUGUACAAAUGAAAAUUACUUUUAAUUCCUUCAGAUUUGUAAUAACCUCAUACUCUGGUUCCAGGGUGACAUUUGGAAAGGAUUCUGUUUAGAAUUAAUGGAGUGGCACAUUUUGCAGCCUUUUUGCUUGAUUGCAUGUAAUGGAAAUGCCCUAUAUUUUCCUGCAAAAUAAGUACUAAAUUCAUUAUCGUUAAGCAAAUGUACAAUAUACUCAGGCACCGCAGGGAGCUGGGCACGAGCCCAUAUGAGCAUCGCUUGGGAAGUAGGCCUCUUCAACAGGGACCCUUGAACUUUAAAGAAAAGAACUCCUUUUUGCCUUCUAAUUGAUCAUUUAGACUAUUCUGGCUAAGUCUGCCCACAUGCAAUUACCGGCUAAUUCAGGCGAGGAAAAAUGUAAGUCAUUUAGACCAAA